AUGUACCUCAUGUACUUCGACGUGAAUAAUUUGUACGGUUGGGCGAUGUCCGAAUCCUUACCGUACGGAGAAUUUCAAUGGGUCGACGACAUCGAGCGCUUUGACGUAAUGUCUGUGUCGUCAGACUCCGUUAUCGGUUAUAUUCUGGAAGUCGAUCUUGCGUAUCCACAAAGCGUUCAUGACGCUCAUGUUGAUCUUCCAUUUUGCCCCACUCGCGAACGACCUCCCGGAAAACGGAAUAUUAAACUGCUGGCCACUCUUUACAAUAAGGAGCGCUAUGUCGUGUACUAUCGCAAUCUGCAGCAAUGUAUUCAUCAUGGUCUCCACGUCACAAAAAUUUACCGUAUAUUACAAUUCGCCCAAUCCCCAUGGCUUCGCGGAUAUAUCGAACUUAAUACGAGAUUUAGAAUGCUCGCGAAUAACGAAUUCGAGAAGAAUCUUUACAAAUUGAUGAACAAUGCGGUAUUUGGAAAAACGAUGGAGAACGUACGCGAUCAUGUUGACAUUCGACUUAUAACGCGUUGGGAUGGGAAAUAUGAUGCGGAAGUGAUGAUAGCGAAACCGAAUUUUCACAGUAGAAGUAUUUUUUCAGAAAAUCUAGUUGCUGUGGAAUUGCGCAAACUCGAGGUAAAAAUGAAUAAACCGAUAUACGUAGGUAUGUGCAUUCUCGAAAUAGCUAAGUUGCGUCUAUACGAAUUUCACUAUGAGUACAUAAUACCAUUGUAUCGCGAAUAUCGCGAUACAUGUAAGAUUUUGUACACGGACACUGACAGCUUGAUUUAUCUUCUGGAGUGUGAGAAUGUAUACGAGGACAUCAAGCGUGAUAUCGCGAGAUUCGACACAAGUGAUUAUCCUGAGAGAAACGUGUAUGAUAUUCCACGCGUUAAUAAUAAAAUACUCGGUUUGAUGAAAGAUGAAAAUUGUGGUGCGAUUAUGACGGAAUUCAUUGGACUCGGAGCGAAGAUGUACGCGUUGAGAGUGAUCGGAAAGAGCGAUACGAAGAGAAUAAAGGGUGUCAAGAAAAACGUAGUCGCGAAAACUUUCGACAAUUAUGUGCGAUGUUUGAACGAUGUAACGGUACAGUCGAGACGUCAGUCAUGCAUACGAUCGACAUUGCACGAGGUCUACACGGUGUCUGAAUUGAAGCUUGUUCUUAGUCCGUACGAUGAUAAGCGGUACGUCGUACCCGAAUCGGUCACUACUUUACCUUGGGGACAUUAUAAAAUACCUCUGUAA